AUCGGCUGGAGUUCAGCUCCCCCUUGCUGGCGAGUGAAAAUGCUGGCAAAGCGUGUGUUGCGUCUGGCCGCGGAGCGUCCACUCACGCUUCGGUCGCAGCGGAUUGCGCCCUUUAUCGGUCGCGCUAUUGGCGAGGCCUUGGCUCAGCAUGUGUCCGCACGGGGCAUCACGACCCCCAGUCUACCCAAUUUCUCGUCCUCGGCAGUCGCUGAACACGUCGCGAACUUACCAGACCCGACCGAGGCCUUUGACUCGAUCGUGCACAAGUCUCCGCACGAGGACAUCGAGAUCCCGGAUCACACCAUCUGGGAGGUGGCAGCACGUCAAGCUCGCGUCAACGGGGACAAACCCGCCUUCGUAUGUGGACUUACCCAUAAAGCAGUGACGUACCGAGAGCUUUUUACGGGAGCUCGUCGUCUCGCCGCGUCAUUCGCACAGGAAGGAAUCCGUAAGGGAGACGUCGUGGUGCUGCACUCGUUCAACUGCAUCGAGUACCCCAUGGUCGUGCUCGCUCUGACGGGGAUGGGAGCGGUAUGCUCACCGGCAUCGCCCUUGUUCGUGCCUAAUGAACUGGCGUAUCAACUUACGCAGUCCAAGGCGAGCUACCUGGUUACACACAAGCAACUGAAGAACGUGGCAGUGGAAGGUGCAUCCAUGGCAGGAUUGACGAAUACAGUCACGUUUACGAUGGGGACAACGGAGGAAACGGAGACGCACGACCUCAAGAGCGUCAAUGACAUGGCAGCUCAGACUGAGCACGAUUUCUUUUACGAGCGCAUCGACCCAAACUUAAAGCUCAUGUUGCCCUUCUCGAGUGGGACAACUGGCAACCCGAAGGGAGUGGGGCUUAGUGCCAAGAACUUGCUGGCAAAUGCGCUGCAAGUCAGUCACGUGGAGCCCCACGGAGAGAACUUUCUGGGUCUCGUGCCGUUCUUCCACAUUUAUGGCAUGAUGUUGGUCCAUCUCAGUAUCCUGCAAAGCAAGAGCAUCGUCAUCUUGCCGCGUUUCAUGCCGGACACGUUCCUCGCCGCAUUGGCCACGUACAAGAUCCGCACAGCUCACAUCGCUCCACCUGCAGUGUUGUUUCUAGCGCACCAUCCAUUAGUGGAGGAAUUUGACCUCUCGUCGACAGAGUUCGUCGUUUCCGGUGGUGCGCCGAUCGGCAAGCAAGUUGAGAGUCUGGUACACAAGCGUCUGGAACUCAAUGUCAAGCAACUCUACGGCAUGACAGAGCUAUCUCCUGCUGUCAAUUACGGCGAGGACCACACGCGUAAGCCGCAGGGGAGUGCCGGUCGACUGGUGCCGAAUACCGAGCUCCGUGUCCGCUGUAUGAACACAGAUCGAGACUUGCCACCGAAUCGAGAGGGAGAAUUAAUGUACCGCGGACCACAGGUCAUGCUGGGAUACGAGAACAACCACGAGGCCAAUAAGAAUAUCUUCACUGAGGACGGAUUUCUUCGAACAGGAGACAUUGGCUACAUCGAUAACGAUGGCUUCGUGUUUGUCAUCGACCGCGCCAAAGAGCUUAUCAAGUACAAGGGCCACCAAGUGGCUCCUGGUGAGUUGGAGGACGUGCUGAACCAUCAUCCGGCCAUUGCGGACUGUUGCUGUGUGCGCGGACAGAAUGCACAGGGCGAGGAGAUCCCCAAGGCCUUCGUGGUGCUGCAAAACCCGGACAGCCCGAGCCGUCCGACGCCGCAAGAUAUCAUGGACUACGUGGCUGAGCACGUGGCUCCCUUCAAAAAGGUGCGUGAGGUGCAGUUCAUCGACGUGAUCCCGAAGAAUGCGUCGGGCAAGAUGCUGCGUCGUCAGCUCCAAGAGCGCGAGAACCGUCUCCAUAACGCCUAG